CCCCCAAUCUCUUCUUCUCCGAUCUAAUCCGAUUAUGAAUCUCUGACCCGGAAACCCGACCCGUCUGUGUGAUGCUCUGAGCUGAACCCCUUUCCGAUUCCACAAAACAAAGCUAGCUUUUUUCAGUACCAAAUCUCGUUCGGUAUUGCUUGGCGAUCUGGAUAACGAACGGGCUUAGGGUUUCGGAGAGCAUUACGAAAUGCCUUCGGUGCCCAGUCAACUCCUUCUUCUCCGACCCUCGGUCUCUUCUUUGACUUCUUUACACGGCGGUUCAUGCUCUCAUCGUCUGAAACGUCUCGAAAAAGGUGAUCGGCGUGGGAAUCUUAGUUAACAUUAGGUUUUCGAUUCGGUUUUUAGGGUUCUUCCUUGGAUUUUUGACAAGUUUGUAGAGAUCUCGUUGGAGGUUUCGGGAUCGAAGAAUUUCUAAGCUCUCUGGAAAGCUUUUCGUUUCGGUUUUUGAGUUCUCGAGAGUUUUGUAGCUGUAAGUUUUAAGAGAAUUUGGUAUUGUAGAUGGACAUUAGCUCUCUGUGUGUUAAGUCGGUGUUGGGAAAUGUAGGCUGCUCUCUAGGUUUGCAGUGCUCUGCGAACCAAACGCAUCGUCCUAGCAGCUUUCUCUGCCGGGAUUUGGUAACUAACCUUGAAACUGCUCUUGACGAGUCCUUGAAUAUCAAAGAAGUUAGAGAAGAGUCUUUGAAUGGCAAAGAUGUUGGAAAAGAGUCCUCCUUGGAUGUUAACAAUGACAGAGAUGUGGGACGUGCGUCUAAAAGGGGUGACAUUAGCGGCGUGGAAAAGGGAAACACAUGUGCAUGUUCUGAAGGACAUGAGGGAAAAUGCAAGCCGAAGUGCCUGAACAAGUGUGCGACCUUUCCAUGUACUAAUCUGGUGCUGCCACCUGAUGGUUCCUCAGAUACGGAAGAGGAGGAACCUGAAACAGCUCUGCGGUGGCUGUUCGGGGAGGAACAUUAUAACCAAGGCUAUUCACGCUCGGUGUCUUUGCCUUCUCCUUUGAACCUUCUUUCUGCUAUGAAAGGCAGUAGAGAGAAAGAGGGUUUAUCUACUGAGAAACUCACUGUCAAAUGGGCCCCUGAUGUGUAUGAUCCUCCGGUUACGUUGAUGUCGCACACAGUUAAAAGCAACAAACAGCAGAAGUCUAGAAACAAGAAAAACUGGAAGAGAGAUGGAAAGAAGGGGCAAAGGAGCAACUCUUCACGUGGAAAGGACAAGAAGCAAUAUCGUAAAGGUGGUGCUUCUGAGAGGGGUCACAGAUCUCUGGAUCCCCGCGAAAUGAUAACAGACACUAAUGAUGAAUUUCUUGUUGGUAGCCGAGAACCACAUUCUUAUUGUGGGAGUUCCUUUUUGAAAAAUUCACUCACCAACAUGCAUUACCCAGUUGCAGAAGCUUUGUGAGCGAUAGAUUUUCCGGAGCAUUUCUCAUCUUCCUGCAUUGUACAUAAAUAAUUUUCACGAACAGGUUUUGGUGAUUGAAAGACUUGUAACACUCCGCUACUCGAUGUGUGCAUGGAAUCCUGGUGUGGUGUUUAUUAUAUUUAUGUAUAAUGUAUAUUGCUUAUGUUGUUGAACUGAAUCUUGUUGGCCUGGCUAGUUGGCAUAUGCAGUGGUAUUUUUACCUAUGAUUAAAUGUGUAUAAACUUUGGUUGCUUAGGUUCCUCUGGAACCAGA